AUGCACAAACAAAAUAAUUUUUCUCUUGUACUAGGUGUUACCUUACUUUCCAUAUCAACUUCACCUGAAGUGAAGGUAAAAUUUCGAAGUGACACGAGCCUUUUCCUAAGCUGCAAUUAUUCAUUUGAUCACGGAGAACGUAUAUCAGAUAGAGAGAUUAAAUGGCAAAAACAAAUAAACAAUAGUUUCGUAGAUGUUGCCGUGUUUUCUCCUCCUGGCGGACAAGAACCCUAUAUUCAUAAAAUGGCUACUGCUCUUGCAAAUAGAACGACACUUAUCACAUCAAAUACUAGUGUGUCCUCCAGUGCCACGAUGAUAAUACACGAUGUCGUCUGCAGUGACGAAGGAUUGUACCGUUGUUGGAUAGAGUAUUUUGUCGUUGUCGACUCUACAGAUGAACAGAAGAAAAGCUCAUCUGCAGUUACUUUCGAGGCUGAAGCUAAAAAACCAGUAGAUUUUGUUUUGGAACAUCAGGAUCAGUUGGAGGAGAAUCAGUCCAUACAUCUUAUUUGUGCUGCUGAUGUUGGAAGUCCGGCGGGAAACAUCAAGAUCUGGAAAGUUCCAGAGAAAACAAAUAUUCCAGAAAUCGUGUUCACUUCACAAUUACUGAACAAUAAAACAAAGAAUUGUACCACUUUUCUAAACGUAAAUCCAGAAUACAAAGUUUCCAGAAAGGACAACGGGAUAAAAUUUCUUUGUUCCUCACAAAAUAGUCUUACACAGGACCCAGGACCAGAGAGAUACUCACAAAGAAUCUCGGUGCUUUAUGGACCGGGAACUUCAACACUUACACUUGUACCAUUCAAAGACAUAUACUAUAUCGGUGAUGAUUUAAAACUGGAAUGUUUUUCUGACAGUAAUCCACCCCCAAUAUACAGCUGGACAUUUCAAUCUACCAACAAUAGUGAAGAUACAAAAUAUAAUAUCAGUUAUAGGUCUUCGUUAAUUCUUAACAACCUUCAGAUCAACAAUUCUGGAAAUUAUACUUGCUCUGCUUUCAAUACGUUUAAUGGGAAGAAUUUUAACGUUACAUCUGUAGUAUCUAUAUCUGUCAGAAAUCCAGAUAUACAAGCUCCAUUGACGUGCGACUCCAACCCUUGCCAAAUCGGUGAACUUUGUAAGGAAAAGGAUGGGCAGGCAGUCUGCGGCUUCAAUAUGUGGAAAGCCGUAUCGUUCAUUUUCAUACCACUUACAGUAGUGUUUGCUUCAUCAGUUGCCUUCCUUUUCAUUAAAAUCAGAGCAAACCAACAGCUCUUGUUUGGAGUCAACAAAAAGAACACACGUCUUCCGUCCUCUCCGACCAAAGGGAAAGAGAACGAUAAAGACACCAGUCAACAGGACGGAAAUGAACUAUAUGAUGUUGCUUGGACCUGAUUGGAAAACCAAUGAAUCCCCUGUGCCACGGGAUCGUUUGCGCAUGAGUUGUGUGCAAAUUGGGAGUUUCGGGAAGAGAAAGAAAAGGCUUGAAUUCUUCUGACGAAGACCUGUAAAUUAACAUGUACAUGAAUUUCUGUCGUUAUAAUUAGUUUUGCCUAAAUAUCAUAAUUGACCUAAAAAAAAUGUUGGUAGCAGACCUGUAGCGGGAGUCUGUUUAGGUGUUAUAAUUAUCGUAAUUCAAAGAGAAACUGUUACUUACACUAACAUUUUUAUGCAAAUUUAAUGUUGUUCUUCGUUUCCAAGUUUGUAUUUUGUUGAACAAUAAAAUGCUUCCUUUGCUUGUUAGUAAGGAAAAAAUUAAUGUUGCAGCUGUUGCAGAAAAUAUACAUAACUCGCGUAAGGGAUAAACGGGAUUUUUCAAAAGCCUGUUUUUCCCUGUCAGAAUCAGGAAAUCUAUAUACAAGUACAGAGCAGUUCAAUGUUAUCUAUUUCUUCCUCCUGAAAUACCAUUUUUAAGCGAUUUCGAUCUAAAAUGAACUUUAAAAGGAACCAUACAAAUUUACACAAGUGGAGGAUAAUCGUUUGAAAUGUUGGAAUUGCUGAUAUUUGUGGAUUUUAAAAAAUACUUGUAUAAUGUUUCCAGUUACACAAUUAAGUUCUGACUGUAGUUCUAGUUCUUUUAUUCAUGGCCGUGUCAUUAAAAUAGGUCCCUGUAUGUAACCUAUCGGACAUUAAUCAUCAAAUUGAAACAAGGACAAAAAUAUACCAUGUUGAAAAUUUGAGACCAAAAAUAUCAGGAAUGGGAGGGGAAAACAAUUUUGGCUCAAUUUUUUUUUUCUCUCAUAAGCAAAAAUUCAAUGGCACUCUUUAACAAAUUACAGUAAAUUCCUGAUGAACAUUAAA